CCCGGAUCCUGAGCCCGUGAUGUCCAGCGCCAAACUCGAGGAUUCCCCCCCUUGUAGGAACUGGUCAUCGGGUCCGGAGCUGAAUGAGACACAGGAGGCUUUCUUGAACCCUUCGGACUACGACGAUGAGGAAUUCCUGCGGUACCUGUGGAGGGAGUAUUUGCACCCCAAGGAGUAUGAAUGGGUCCUGAUUGCUGGCUACAUCAUCGUGUUCCUGGUCGCCCUCGUGGGCAACGUCCUGGUUUGUGUUGCAGUGUGGAAGAACCAUCAUAUGAGGACAGUCACCAACUACUUCAUCGUAAACCUCUCCCUGGCUGACGUUCUUGUGACCAUCACGUGUCUUCCAGCUACUCUAGUGGUCGAUAUUACGGAAACCUGGUUCUUUGGAGAGUCUCUCUGCAAAGUGAUUCCCUAUCUGCAGACUGUGUCCGUAUCAGUGUCUGUGCUAACACUCAGCUGUAUUGCCUUGGAUCGAUGGUAUGCAAUUUGUCACCCUUUGAUGUUUAAAAGCACUGCCAAACGGGCCAGGAACAGCAUCAUAAUUAUCUGGAUUGUAUCCUGUAUCAUAAUGAUUCCUCAGGCUAUUGUCAUGGAAUGCAGCACUGUGUUGCCAGGAUUAGCCAAUAAAACCACUCUAUUUACAGUGUGUGAUGAGCGAUGGGGUGGUGAAAUUUAUCCCAAAAUGUAUCAUAUAUGCUUUUUUCUGGUGACAUAUAUGGCCCCGCUGUGUCUUAUGAUAUUGGCAUAUUUGCAAAUAUUCCGAAAACUCUGGUGCCGUCAGAUCCCUGGCACCUCAUCAGUAGUUCAGCGUAAAUGGAAGGCUCUACAGUCUUCGGGGCAGCCUCGAGGCCCAGGACAACAGACCAAGUCAAGGAUUAGUGCUGUGGCAGCUGAAAUAAAACAGAUUAGAGCUAGAAGGAAAACAGCCCGGAUGCUGAUGGUCGUUCUCCUGGUGUUUGCCAUUUGCUAUCUCCCCAUUAGUAUCCUCAAUAUGUUAAAAAGAGUGUUUGGAAUGUUUACACAUAUUGAAGACAGAGAGACUGUAUAUGCCUGGUUUACAUUUUCACACUGGCUCGUUUAUGCCAACAGCGCUGCAAAUCCUAUUAUUUAUAACUUUCUCAGUGGAAAAUUUCGAGAGGAAUUUAAGGCUGCAUUUUCUUGUUGCUGCCUUGGAGUUAACCCUCGUCAGGAUGAUCGGCUCACCCGUGGACGUACAAGCACAGAGAGCAGGAAAUCCUUGACCACCCAGAUCAGCAACUUUGAGAAUGUUUCAAAACUUUCAGAGCACGUGGUACUCACCAGCAUAAGCACACUCCCAGCAGCAAAUGGAAGUGGACCACUUCAGAACUGGUAUCUACAACAAGGGCCACCACCAUCACUGCUGUCAACCUGGUUGGAAGUCUGAGAGGAAAGGCUGAGGACUGGGUGACAAUGGAGUCUCUUCUUACUCAGAAACAAGUCUAAAAGAUUGGUGCCACACUGAAAUGGAGAUUGAAGAAGACUGGGUUACCAUCUUCGUUGGGAGAUCUGGAAGGCUUAAGGCCAAACUAUCUCUCUCACCUAUCACAGUUUUCACUUACUCUGAGUGUUGCUGAAGGAGAUUUUCUGAGGAUGAUUCUGUCUGGCAGAGGGGAGAAUUUGCACAAAAUAAUCUGAGAUGGAACUGGUUAUCACAGUACAGACUCUCAAAUUUUGGAUUAAGGAAUUUUUCCAAGAUAGCUGAACUUGGUAUGAUGAUCCUUUGGGACAUGGGGGAAGAAAACAGGUGUCCAGAAUCCCUGCCAAUCUUUUGGAACAAAAUGGCCAACUACUUACCUCAUUAUGUGCUAAUGACACAGAGUGAGAAAAUACCUUAGAAAAAGGAACUUGUUAGUACAAGUUGUAUUUCAGAAUGUGUGUGCAACAUCACUUUUUAUCUAUUUCAAAAGAUUCUGUGUAAUAUCAGUAGGAAAGACAGUGAAUUUUGCCAAGUUUAGACUCCAUCUGAACUCUCCCUAACUUGAAACCUUUGCUAUUUGAAUUCAUUUUUUCUUGGCAAAUGGCGACUUCCUGUUUCAGAGGAAAAUAAUUUUAAAAGUCCCAAAGGCUCAGAUGGCUCCUUGGACAUCAAAUAACACUUACAAAACAGUUUGAUAAAUGUAGAAGAUUCAGACAUGCAGAUUAAAGUUAUCAUGGAAUA